CACCUGCGGCAGGAGACUGAGAGAGGAUCCGACGGAGCUGCGCAGUUCCUGCCUGGAGGAGCCAAGCCUGGAGCCACCCCGGUGUCCAGCACCGACCACACCGGGCGGGUGACACCAGCUUAGGCAGAAGCCCGCGGUUCCCAGGACGCAGCAACGUGGUGACGAACUAGGACAGCACUUCGGAGGAAAGGAGAGCACCUAACUAAGCUGGUUGCUUCCGCUUGCAGCUAGCUUUGCAGUCUUAGUCCUUUGUGCAAAGGCAGAAAAGACCUCAAGCCAGCAAGUUGGAUAAGUGGGCACCAUGUGAGGCGGGUAGAGUCAGUCUGAGGCCAGCAGAUGAACAAAGAGAAGCUGAAACAUCCCCCAAAAGUCUCUCCCCUUUUGCCCCUUAGGCCUCUGGUAGCACUUACUUUGUCCUACUCCAACUUCAUGCCAGGCUGCAGGUUGACUGGGGACAAGGAUGAGUGAGAGGGUCGCAUGGAACUGGAGCCCGGGGGGCUGGCUGCUGGCACUGUGUGUGGCCUGGCUGUGGACCUGCUUGGCCUCGGCUUCACUGCAGCCUUCGCCUGCCACAGUCCUCGAAAAGCAGGGCACUUGCGAGGUAAUUGCUGCUCACCGCUGCUGCAACCGGAAUCGCAUCGAGGAGCGCUCUCAGACUGUCAAAUGCUCCUGUCUUUCUGGUCAGGUGGCUGGCACUACACGGGCAAAGCCUUCCUGCGUGGAUGCUUCCAUUGUCCUGCAGCGGUGGUGGUGUCAGAUGGAGCCCUGCCUGCCUGGGGAGGAGUGUAAGGUGCUCCCCGACCUGUCAGGAUGGAGCUGUAGCAGUGGAUACAAAGUCAAAACCACCAAGGUCACUCGAUAGCUCUUGUGGGGGAUCAUGGCUUGAUGGAGUCCUGGACUGAAGAACGAUAGCCAGUUGUCAGCCAGCAAACACGGUGAUUCACUUUCCUGAACAUGUGCCCCAUGCCACCUAUAGCAUCUGUCUUUCUAGGGGUAUUUCAGAGAAGUUACUCAGAAGAUGCGGAUGGAUUUGAAGCCACAUACCUGGGUGCUGUGAUCUCUUGGGGACAAAGAAGGUCCAGACACCAUUCCUGCCCUUAAGGAAUGUCCAGUCAAGUUGAAGAGUGAGUGACAGAUAAUGUAGGCUUUAAGUAUAUGGUACACUGACUUCUGAGCCACCUUCUCUGGACAUGGUAAAGUUUUGAGAAUGAGGCUCCCAUCAUUCUACAGCCAACCCCUAGCUACAGAGCACAAAGACAAAGUGGUCAUAUUCUUCAUCCUUGCAUCCUAUCCUUCGAUUCAGUCCUGAAUCUCCAACAAGCUGCUAACAUCUUAUAGGAAAUACUGACCCAGCUUUACACCAAGCCAGUGGGGUUUCAUUUAGAAGAUAUUGGAUUGGCUUGGAAGAAGGAGAGCAAAGAUGAAACGACACAGCUCUCCAGCCAAACAUUGAGAGGAAUGGCUGAGUUUGGGCUGUUCACUGAGUGAGUGACAGUAGGACCUUGGAAUCACCUUCCCCAACACCUUAGGUUUUUGUUUGCUUUUUUGUUUAAACAUGAGGAAAUAGAGUCAUAGAUUAAUGAACAAUUUGUCCUAAAUCUCAUAACCUGGGAUUUUAAGUCUCUAAAGAAUGGCACUUAAUCUAAUGUGGAUAUUAUGAUUUCAACCUGGCCCUUCCCUGUUCAUUUUUUCUCAGGUAUUGAACCAUGCAAAGUAUUGCCUAGACAGUAGCAGCUUUUAUCUUGAGAGAUGCCUAAAAUGGAACUUUGAUCAAAAUCACUGUUCUAUUAGAACUCAUCCAGUAUGCCCCUCAAGGAUGAGGCUUGAUUUCUACCCUUCCCUUAGUACCCAAAUUCCAAACAAGCCUAUGACAGCCCAGAGGUCCCUCAGCCAAGUUACAGUGUGGUCUCUGAGCUGUCAUGCCAUUGGCUGCCAGGAUUCAUUUCUUCUGGAGUCUUUGGGUUGUAACUCUCUCAGAAGCAUCAGGUCAAGGGUAGUUGGGGUGGGUAGGUCAGCACCCUCUUCCUACAGAGAAGAGACCCUGCUCAGCAGAAGGGGUGGCAGGCUGGACCUCUGUCCAGGAUUAAGGCCAGAAGUCAGCCUAGCAUUUUGGGUGGUGUAGAGGCAAUACACUAGCUUACAGGGAUUGUCAUGGCCUUAGGGAUUAGGGGGUCAUUAGAGACAACCUGGAUGGUGCUGUAUUCUGUCCUUUGGAGAAGGCACAUUACAUGAUGGUGUGGAGCCAAGUCUCCCUUUCUCCCUUUGUGCCUCCAUCCCCAUGCAGUAGAACCAAGGCUGAUAUCUCCCUUCUUCACCCCACUGUGCUGGACAUUUUUGUUUUUGAUUUUUGUUAAUGGAGUGAACAGUGGUCCAGUUUCUCACUGGACUAGAAAUAUUAAAACUCCCAACUACUAAAAUUGCUGCUCAUAGAUGAGUCAUGGGGUUGGGUAGCCAAGGAAGGGGUUAAAGGCUUUCAUUGUCUCCUUAAACACUGGAGAAUGGAGGCUAGAGGAUAGACUAAGGGGUUGACAAAGCUUUUCUGGAAGAAGGCAGAGAGUAAAUAUUUUAUGCUUUGCAAACCACGUAAAUCCUUGUUGCAUAGUCUUCAUUGUUACUGGUUUCCUUUCAUUUGGUUUUAGAAACCUCUCAGAAAUGUAAAAUCCAUUCUUAACUUAAAAUCAGAUACUGGCCCCUUUUCAGCAAGUUGCCAACCCCAGGGAACCUCUGCAGUCCUGGGAUGGCCUCCAGCCUCCUGGCCUGCCCCACAUGAAGGAGAAACCUGAGCUCAGGGUUGGGACAGGUUUUGUUUUCUUCAUAAUGCUCCUUGAGAGAUAGGCAAGUGAAUUAUUUAGGCUACAAAUGAGACAGCUUUAGCAGUCAGACUAAAAGGCUGCUGUCCUGGAGGCUGGAAUUGGGACUGCUCUGUUUCUCCCUACUCUGGAGAUCCUGUCCUCCUGCCCAUCUGCGUCAUCCACUUGAGCUGGGGAUGAGCCUGAGAGCAUGAGAACCAUGCUGCACAAACUCUCCCCGGCUGCCAGCCCCACCCCCCCAACCAAGCCCUACCUCAGUCAGCACCCUGGCUCUUACCUCCUCUCCGCUUCCAGAGAAUACUCUUUUUCUUGACAUAGGGUCAUUCACUGUGCAAUGACGCAGAGCCUCAUUUUCUACUGACCUAUUUGUAUUUCUUUGGUGGGCUUAGGGAUUGGGUAUUCCUUAUAUGGUGAGAAAAGCCUCUCCACAGAAGAGGAGAAGGGUAGCAACAGUUGCUGCCUGAGCUUUGCUUUAUGAUAGAGUCAAAGUUGUUGUGUGUUUUCUAAUGAUUACAGUGACAGUCUAGAAACAUACAAUUCCUAGAAUUCUCUUCCUUUUCUUCUGUUGGUGAUGGAAAUCUCAGAUUCUUUGAAAUUGCUGGUCUUUCCCAUCCCCUCCUCUGUGCAGGGCUUAGGGUGGUUAUGAUCUGCAGAUUCUGUGGCCAGCUUCCCCUGGCCUUCUGGCAGUUCCUCCC